CUAUAUUGCUGCACCCGAUUCACAACUCUCUCUCUCUCUCUUUCUCUCUAUCCCCCUGUGUGCAAUAAUCCCCAAAACCCAGGAAGCAUUGAAGUAUGAAGCAAGAGAUGCAGUAAAAGUUUCAGUCACGGUUAAAUCCUCCUCUCGCCAAAGCAGCCCGCCACAUUUCUCAAGGCAAUAUCAACCAUUACCCAACCAGUGCCUUUACUCCUUAAGAACCCCCUCCUAGGCAUCCUUAAAAAAAAGUUGUUUCACACUUCCACACACGCCAUGAGACGUUUGGUCAGACCAAUCGUUCUUCUCCACCUUUCCCAAUCAAAAGCCAGGCUUUUUUCUUAAGCUUGAUAUAUAUAUAUACGUAUUCACUAUUCACAUCGGAAAUAUUUUAAAAGAAAGAGAAUAGUAAAAGAACAGAGAAUUUAUAGAUAUCAUACGAAGUCUCUUCUAUCCAACCGACUAUUUCUAUAUGUGGUAAAAGAAAAGUUCUGAUUAGACUCGGCUCCUGGGUUUGCUCAAUGCCACAACACCUCCUUUUCCUUCUUCUCCUCCUUUUCCUUCUUUCUCCUGCUCUUUUUUUUUUUUUUUUUCUUGUUCCUCGGCCCUUAUUCUUUAAUUUGCUUGCUCUGGCUCCUCUAUUCUGUGGGCUUUUGGAUUUUUGUAAUAAAGCCACCUCACAGUGGCAUUUCCAGGUAAGAAGUUAGAAAUAUAGGGGAACUGAGAUUAUUAUCAACAGAAGUCAUUUUCUUUUGCUUUUCUUUUCCAUUUGAGAUUUUAUGAUAGGCCGCAGUACAUCUGCCUUUGUUGUCUUUUUGCUCUCUGUUACUGCAGGGUACCAUUCUGAAUCUGAGGCCCUUGAUAUCUGUGAUCUUCUUUGGAGGUAUUCAAGCCGGGGAAAAGGGUUUCCACAGCUUCUCUUGGAUUGUCUUGGUUGGUUUUUUGGGUUACGCACAGUAACAAUUUGAGAAAUCUGUGAAAAGCCUUGAUUCUUUUGGAGGGUAUUGAAACAAAGGCAAGGGGUCUUAGAGCGACUAGCAAUGACAGACUGGAAUGGUACCAUGGGUAAGACCAUUGGUUUUGGUGGGACCACAACUAGAGAUGAGGAUUUUGUAGAAGAAGAUGUGUGGGGUUUUAUUAAGGAGAGGGAAGAUUCUGGUUGCAAGAUGAUGGGGAAAUCCAAAGACUACUCCUCCGGUUCUUCUGCAUGGCGCCUCCCUUCUGUCCCAAGGAUGAUCCCAAGGGUUAACACUCCAACAACCCAUGAAGCCAAAGUGGUUCAACAAUCUUCUGCUCCCAUGGACAUUCCAGAUUGGUCCAAGAUUUAUGGGAAAGGUGCUAAAAUGGGUUCUAGGGAUGCUUCAUGGGGGGAUGAUGGGGAUGGUACUGGCAAUGGUGUAUCUAAUGAUAAUGUUGAGUAUCAUGGUGUUGGUGAUUAUGAGGCUGAUGAUAAUGAUGAUGGUGAUAUGGUCCCUCCACAUGAAUGGAUUGCUAGGAAGCUUGCAAGGAGCCAGAUUUCAUCCUUCUCUGUGUGUGAAGGUGUUGGAAGGACACUCAAAGGAAGAGAUCUUAGCAAAGUGAGGAAUGCCAUCUUGACAAAAACGGGUUUCCUGGAGUAGCUUGCUCACCACUACUACAACGUACCACACGAUCCAUCAUCAUCAUCAUCAUAUUGUGCCAUUACCACCAUCAAAUUAUCAUCAUUCUGAGACAAGGUUCCCACGUAAUCUUUGUUUUUCUGUUUCCAAGUUUAAUUCUUGCUAGUAAUAGAGUGUGUGAUGUACUGGGGCGAGUGGAAAAUGCCUUGAAAAGGGUCAGAGCUGCCCUUUUUAGAAUGUUUUUCAGGAGAGGAUGAAAAGGGAUUGGCGGCCUCUGAGAUUUUGUCUGCAGGUAGUCGAGUAGAAUUUGUAUUUUGGCAAACGAAUGCAUCUGCAUCAGGAAAAUGAAAAGUGAAUGAAUUAGGUACCAA